UAUCCCUCACUCCCCCCAAACGCUCUCCUCUUCUGUAUCCCGCCCGCCUCCCACCCCCAUCCUUUACCCUUGUUUUCUUCCUCAAUUUCAUUUGGUGGAAUUACAACUUCCAUAGCUACUACACACACAUUUGCCUAUAAGUCUAUGUAACUUUAGCCCACAACAUAUAAUCACUAACACUACUAAAUAGCUAUAGACAUGAAUGAUCACUUCCUUUUCUUGAAUAGUCUACUCUCUUUUUCCACUUUCAGAUCUGUUAACUCACUCCGUAAUCAACUUUCACCCAUAUUUUCUUUCUAUUUCUCCAAUUGGACUCCUUUCUUUUUUGGAAUUUGAUCUCCCUUCUUGUCAUUGAACUGGUCAAACAAAGUUCAACUAAAAAAUAACCUCAAGAAAAAAGUUCACAAAGAAACAACUCAAGUUUCUGUAAAGUUCUGAUUUUCUUGCCUCAUUGGUUUCUUCUUCUUUGAGUUGUUUAAUGGCAUUUUCUUCUUCUUAUCAAUGUUGACUUGUCUAUCUUUUUCAGCAUUAAUGUCAAUUUAGUUUUUUAUUUUUCAAAAAAAAGUAAAUAAAAAUGAACAAAAUUUAGUGAUAAGCCUGUGGUUUUAUGGGUUAUUUUCAUUCACAUUUUAGUUGUUGACUGAUUUAGGCAUGUUUUUUUCUUCUUCUCCAAUUUUUUUAAACCAGCAUUCAUCUCCAAUUUUUGAAAAAAAAUGCACAACAUAAUUUAGAAGGAUUUGUGUAAAGAUGUGAUUUUUUUUAAUCUCAAUGGGUUUUCUAUAGAUGUGUGUUUUGUUCAUUUACUGCUAGUACUUCUUUGAGUGUGUUUACAAAUUUAAGGAGACAUAAACCAAUUAAAGGAUCUCUUUUUCCUUUUUUUCAUGGCAUUGUGAAUUUGAUGAAAUCUUGAAAUUGAAAAUGGAGAAAACUAUUUUCUUCUCAGAGCUAAGAAAUCAUAGCACCUUUAUUUAUUUUUUUUAAAAAUAUCUAGUACUAUUUGCGAGAGUUUUGUUUCUUUUUUCAUCAUUGAAAGAGCAAACAAAAAUAUGGAAAGCUAAUUGGUUUGGAUUUUCACACAUGGAAUGUCAUUUGCGUCUUGAAAGCUAAUCGGUUUGGAUUUUUUCUUCUUUUGUUUUUUCAUACAUUGAAUGACAUUUGCAUCUUGAAAGCAUUAUGUAAUCUAGAUCCCAGUAAGUUUUUAGCUGCAUUUGCCUACUUUCUUUUUGAAUCUGGUGUGUAUAUUUAAGAUAUAUACUGCAUCAAGCUAUGUUGCCCGGACACUUCACAAAUGUGAACCGGUGAAUGUCGGAUUCUCCUAAAGUACUCCGUCCGUUUAAAAAAGAAUGACCUACUUUGACUUGACACGAAAUUUAAAAAAAUAAAGAAAACUUUUGAUCUUGUAGUUUUAAAUUAAAGUUAUGUCAAAUAUACUAAAAAACCUUUUAAUCUUGUAGUGUUAAACAUGCUACAUUGAAAGUUCAAAAUUAAAAUAUUGCUAAAAAAUAAAGAAGAUCAUUCUUUUUUAAACGGAGGGAUUAGUUUGUUUUUGAAGAAUCCAACAUGAGUGUGGCGUCGAAAAUGAAGAGUCUUGGCUUCAUUUUAGAUAAAUGAGUAAAAAGAUGCCAUCUUGAAACUUGUAUCUUUUAUUUUUUUUUGUUUCCUAACUGGAUAUUAAGGGUAAGAUAAAUGUGAUAUUUUAGAAAACUCACCUGAUUUUGCAAAAUAAUAAGCCUUCUAUGCAAAUGACAUAGAAGUGUCUGCAUAUCUUAAUGGAUUUUGCAGUAGUGAUAAUUAUUUGUUAUUAACUAAAGCUGUUUCCCUGUAAAUUAACUGAUUGUCACAUGGACUGACUAUUAAUGUUCAGCAGGAACUAAAUAAAGUAUAGUAGAUCCAAAAGAAGAUCUAGUGGCAACAUGGAUGGUGUGGAUGAUAGGAGAAUGGGUUGUAUGGGUGGAUUUCUUCAGCUCUUUGAUCGUAGUCACAUUUUAGCCGGGAAGAGACUCUAUGCCACAAAACGUUUGCCACAUUUCACGGUUCCUGAUGAUGUGUCAGAGUCGGAUAAGUUUGUCGCAUCACUGGCAGUUUCAAAGCAGCUCAGCAAACCACAGCCAAGUCCGGACCACUCCAAGCAGGAAGCAGCAGAGGUCAGUUCUGUUGAGCCAGCUGUUUCUGUUCCGGUGGAGACACCGCCUAAAUCACCACUCCCUCGUCCUAUUUUUGAAGUAAAAGAAGGGAUGAGGUCUUCAUGGAAAUUUAGUAAAGAAGUUCCGAGGCUCUCACUGGAUAGCAGAGCUGUUGUUGAUGCUAAAGGAAGUCUUCAACCUAGGGAGCUACGAACAAAGGCUUCAGUUCUAUCAGCAAACAGAGGUGAGAACACAGACGAUGGAGUAAUAGCUGAUGGUGAUGACAAUCAGCGUCCAUGCCCGAGUGUAAUUGCACGGCUAAUGGGACUUGAACCAUUACCCCAUUCAAGCCCUGAAACUCUGCCAAAAUCAGAGUUGCGAAGAUCUGCAUCGGAAUCCAGAGUUUCAAGAGACUUGUUUAAUGGACAUUUUGUGGAUGGAAACAAUGUGGAUUUCAAAGAGCUAAACAAUCCUCGAUCUAACAUUUCAAACAAUGCAAUGAGAGACAAUGCAGUGAAUGAAAGUAGAAGCUCAAUGUCAAAUGCCAGACCUAAUGACUGGGUGGGUUAUCAUCUGAAGAACGAGAAGAUUGAGAGACCAGAGGCUUCAAAGAGAAGUCUAAGUUUGUCGGCGUGGAAGUCACCACAACACAGAAAAUUUUUCUUUGAUACAGCAGACAUUUUCCCAGAGCCAAAGCAGACAGUCUCACUCUAUGGUGAGAUUGACAAGAGACUGAAGAUGAGAGGAAUUGAUGAGCCUUCUAAAGAUCUUGAGACAUUGAAGCAAAUUCUUGAGGCUUUGCAACUCAAAGGACUGUUACAUAACAAAAGACCACUGGAGAAAAUUGGCCACCGGAAUUUUGUAUAUGAUCCUACUUCCUCAUCUGACGAGUCCCCAAUAGUGCUUAUGAGGCCUUCGAGAUCAGUUUCACCUAGCCAUAGAAGAAUGGCAUAUAGUACGCCCCCCUCAGAUUUGAGAAGCCGAAAUGUCAUUGGUCGGAGAUCCAAUCUCUCUAGUGAAAGUCUUCCAUCUGUGAGCCCAUGUCGGGAACGGCCUGCUUCUGAACGAAAUGCUCGGAGUCCACUAAGAUCUAGAGAUUCCAGCUCGCCAACUCAAAGAGAAAACAGUGUGAGGCUUUCUAGUUCUGUGGCCAAACCAAAGAAUCUGAAUGUUGAUAGUCGUAGAAGAGCAGGAGAGCCAUUUGAGAAUCGAAGAGUUUGUCCAGUACAGUCUCCGAAGCUUAGCUCGAGGAGAACCAGUUUGGAGCAAAAUGGUGCAAAGGGAUCACCUAGAAACAAGAGGGAAAUGGCAGAGAGUAAGCAGAAAGAGAAGAUCACGACGUUUGUCACAGAGGAUGAGUCAUCUUCCAUUUCUGAAAGCACUGUUAGCUCAUCUUUCCAAACUGAUGCGGAGAGAUCAAAUUUGGAUGAUUACAAUGAAGGAAGGAGCCUUUUGGAAAGGUGCGAUAAGCUACUUAAUAGCAUAGCAGAGAUGACAGCCCCUGAAUCACAACCAAGUCCAGUGUCAGUUCUUGACUCAUCAUUCUACAGGGACGACUCACCCUCCCCUUCACCUAUUAUGAAAAGGAACAUCGAUUUCAAAGAUGUUUCAGGGGAAUCGGAGGAAGAAAUAUGGAUUUCAGCAUUUUCACCUGUCGGAACAAAGUCUAAUGAUUCAACGGAUGACUCUCAUCUUGCUUACAUUUCAGGCAUUCUUAGAGCUUCCUGUUAUCUUCCUGGAGACUCUGAUGUAUUUUUAUUAUUGGAGAAGCAGCAAUAUCUCAAAGGAAAGGGCACCUCCAAGGUCUCCAGACUCCAAAGGAAGUUGAUCUUCGAUACUAUCACUGAAAUUCUUGAUAGAAACAGGCAACUUCCCCCAUGGAAAGCGUUUUCGUGGUCAGGUUCAUCUAUUGCAAAGCCGACACUGGAAGAAAUUUGGACCGAGUUCCAAAGAAUCCAAGAAAGGAAAAGUGGUAACAAUUUGGUUGAGACCAUCUGUGAAGUUCUGAAGAAAGACCUGGCUCAAGACGCUGUGAAUGGUUGGGGGGACUGUCCGGUAGAGAUGUCCAAGGCGGUCUUGGACAUGGAAAGGCAGAUAUUCAAGGAUCUAAUUGUCGAAACGAUCCAAGACCUUGCUGUGAUUGGCUGCAAAACUACCUUCUUGACAGCUUCACGUAGGAAGUUAGUUUUCUAAAGCUGAUGAGGAUUAUUUUCAUUAAGAAGUUUCCUUGUUUUCAUGUUUUUUCCUUUUUAAUUUGUUUUACCACGUUUAGGUUUUUGUUUCGACUGAUUCUUGACUACCUAGGAAGUACUAAGCUGUUGUAAUAGUCACUUUCCAAGAUGUAAAAAAAGAGUGAAGUGUUAGAUUGUACUGAAGUUUGGAAAUCCUCCUUUCUUUCUGUGAAAUGCAAAAAAGUUUGUUGGGCAGAAUAAUUAGUUA